AUGUCCCAGAAAGAACUAGGCAAAAAAGGGAGCACACUGUCAAAGCUGUUCACCAAUGCAUUGAAAGACGAUAGGAUUGAAAUGGUUAGACAAGUGCUCGAAUAUAUUUUAGACAAGAAUCUGUAUAAAAAUUUCUUAGAUAACUCACUUGAAGGCUUAUAUCAGACCGACGGCUGCCUUGGAAAAUACAUUUUCCCAGAAUUAAAGGAUAAAACAAUCACACAAAAGAAAAUAGUGGAAACGAUCAAUGUUGCUGUGAUUAAGAUACUCGGAAGCGAAGAAAUGAAGCCAUUUGAGAAAGAAGAUGAGAUAGGUAUAAAUGAUAUUUUCAAGCACCUUUUUAUCUGGGCAGUCCUGAUGAACCGCAGAGAUUUGGCAAUGUUGUUUUGGAAGAAAGACGUUGAUUAUAUAUGCUCUGCAUUAUUCGCAAGUUCACUUGCUAAAAGGUUGGCUGAAAACGCAAGCGCUGAAGCAUUCAUGGAUGAACAAACAGCUUUAUGGGAAAGUUCUAGACAUUACGAAGACCUUGCAUACAGUGUGAUGACAGAGUUAUAUUUAAAUGAUAGAAAACACGCUCGCCAGCUGUUGGUGACAGAAGUGAAAAGAUAUAAUUCAAUUACAAUUUUUGAAUUAACUGACAAAUUUUCACUGAUGAAGUUCAUGGGACAUGCUGCAUGUCAAACAAAGCUGAAUAAGAUUUGGAAGGGUCGUAUAAAAGGAGAUACAUCAAAUCUAAAGGCAAUAGUGUUUGCUGUUACUUUUUUACCUAUAUUGAAAUGGGACAUACUGAAGUUAGACAAAAAUAGAGAAAGAGCAAAAAACAAAAUCACUCAAUCAGACAAGUGGGCUACAAAAGACCAGCAGAACAAAUCUACAUGUUUACAAUCUGUUCCUAACUGGAUGAGGAAAUUAUAUUACUUUUACAACGCACCUUUAAUCAAAUUUCUAUUUUCUGUUUUAACGUAUGUGACAAUGCUGGUGGUAUUCAGCAUGUUUGUACUCACAGAUUUACAUGCCAUGGAAGAGAAAUUUCCCUCAAUUUAUGAAUACAUUGUUUAUGCAUGGGCUGCAUCCUCAUUAAUAGAAGAAAUGCGGCAGUUAGCAAAAUUUGAUGCAGAUAUGCAGAAUUUAAUGUGA